CUUCUUCUGUGCUGUAGAGCUGCAUGAGAUUUGCAAUGCUUCAGUCUCACAUAUAUAAGAGUUGCUUAUCACUCAACAUGUGUUGGUGGAGGAGCUGCUGGAACAGCCACAUCCGCUUGGAAAAGCCCAUGGAAACCGCAGGAAUGGCCAUGCCAUGCCCAUUUUCAGGAAAAAUGAAGGGAAGAAAAGAGGAAUAUUCCUUACCUUCACCCUUCAUCUUGUUGCUCUUCUGUGUCGCCGGGCACUCAACUGCUGAGCUGGAUGACAGCAAAGAAGAGCAUGUUGUGGGUGCUGCUUUGCCACCACUGAAGCUUGUACACUCAUUCUGUGCCAUGAAAGCAGAUGAAGGUCCAUGCAAAGCCAUCCACAUCCGCUAUUUCUUCAGCAUCAAGAGCCGCAAGUGUGAAGUGUUUGAAUAUGGUGGAUGCCAUGGCAAUGAGAACAACUUCCUAACACUGCAGGAAUGCCAGGAGAAGUGUGUGCCAAAAGAAUUUCCUCAGAAGAUGGCAUUAGCAAAAAAUAAGGAAGCAUUGUUUCUAGGACAGCCAGACUUCUGCUUCCACGCCCAAGAGCCCGGGGUCUGCCGAGGGUACUUUACCAGGUACUUCUACAACAAAGAGACAAAAUUGUGUGAGGCAUUCAAGUAUGGUGGGUGCCUAGGAAACCAGAACAACUUCAGGAGUUUGGAGGAGUGCCAGAAUACCUGCCAAGACAACUUUGUUACAGCAGAAGAGCAUCCCAGCACUGUGAACAGCAGUUCCCCAGCAGAAGCACCCAGCCAGUCUCCUGGGAUUUUUGUUAAUUCAUUGCCAGCUGCUCCAAAUGAGAAGUCCAACACCCUGAACAGCAGUUCCCCAAAGGAGGAGCCCAACCAGUUCCCUAUUUUUUUUGAUCUUGCAGUCAUUGUGGGAACUCCUUCCCGAGGGGACUGUGGACUCCCUGGAGAAUUCUACAUGGCAGAUAAGUAAUUUUCAUUACAAAGUGUCUAUUGGAAUUCUGUUAUAAUAACAAGCCUGUGCUGUUUGGCCCUUUGCUCACUGGCAAACCUUUCUGCUCUGUUCUUUGUAGGUUCCGAAAUUAGCAGGUUUAAAUAGGCAAGCUCUGCUGAACAUAUGCUUUGGAAACUAACCUCCUCUCCAGCUAGAGAGAGAUUAAAUUAGUUCCAGGCUCAAGAGUUCUCAGAGCAGCACCAAAAGCAUUGCCUUAGUUAAUUUAACUAUCAACUUCAUUUUAAAAAACAGUAAGUUUAAUAGAGAUUUUAUCAAUUGUGGACUUCUACUCUGUCGCCAGAGCGAAAUUUGGUCUUGCAAUUAUGAAAAGAAGUUAAGAGGUUUUCAUUUUAUAACUUGAAACUAACUUAGUCUAUCUUGAAAAAGCAACCCAUUACUCGGUUUAUAAAUUUCAGAUUUUUUUUUUUUAAUAGUAUGAUGUUGCUAACACACCAUUCUAUUUCUUUCUCAGCAAUUUUCAUACUUUUUUCACCAGACCAGUUCAGCAAUUAUACAUUUCAGAUGAACCUUUUUUUUAGCAGCUGUACCAUAUGUAAGACACCUAAGAUGCAGCAUGUGCUUUUUGGAUAUUUUGUCAGGCUCCUGCAUUGUCCAGGUUUUUAAUGCAUAACUUCUUGCUUUCAGCAACUCAUCUGCUUCCCACUUUUGUGACCACAGGAUGUCUUCAGCUUUCCUGCAACCCGAAUGAUUUCCUCAAAUUUUUACUUUGUUUUUCCACUGAACUCCUUCUGUGUGGCUUUGUAUCUUCAAGAGUUGCAUCUGACUGGCUUCACAUGUGCAUUUAUGCAUUCAUUUAUUGCAUUUAUGCACCCAGUUCUGCUGCUUCCUGAGGAAAAAUGGUGCUCUUUUGGGUCCCACAUAACUGCUCCCAUAAUGGCUCCCACUCAGCUUCUUGCAGCCUGUGCAGCAAUUUUACCAGUUCCUAUUUUGUUUAUUAGUCACUCUGGGGUGAUAGAUGAUGGAGUUCUUCCAGGUUUGGGAAUUCUGGCAUGGAUUUGCUUCUUGAACUUGUUCCAGUGCCCACGUCCUUUGGCUACCCCAGGUUCGUCCUCCGGUGUUUCAGUUCUCACUUGCAGCCACCCUGAAGGAGCAAACCACCAGCCUCUCCUUGGAAUG